AUGGGUGGUAACUAUUCCGCUAUGGACCCGAUGGACGUGCCUGUCCCGGACUUAGCUAAAUUAUUAGAACGCGAUGGUUAUUUAAAGCCUUAUGAACGUGAAAUUCGUCGUCGAUAUGGGUGCUUCAAGGAUUUGUGGGAUCGAAUCGAAUCGUGGGAUGGUGGCGUGGAUAGUUUCACAAGGGGCUACCACUAUUUUGGACCACAGUUCAACCCAGACGGUUCGGUGACGUGGCGUGAAUGGGCGCCGGGUGCUCAUAGUAUGCACUUACAGGGUGAAUUUAACGGCUGGAACCCGAAGAGCCAUCCGUUCAAGAAGCUGGAAUACGGCAAGUGGGAACUGUACAUACCUGCCGAUGCUGAAGGAAAGUGCCUUCUGAAACACGAAACCCGCGUGCAGAUAAUUGUUAAUGACCACCUUUAUAGAGUGUCUCCUUGGGCAAGCUACGUAAAGCCGUUCGAAGGCUUUACCUACCAACAGUUCAUCUACAGGCCGGAUCAGCCGUAUCAAUUUAAGCACCCCAAAGUAGACAGGCCAGCGUCACUACGUAUAUAUGAGAGCCACGUAGGCAUCGCCACUCCUGAGGGAAGAGUGGGUACUUACAACGAAUUCAGGGAGAACGUGCUACCUAGGAUUAAGAAGCAGGGGUACAAUGCUAUUCAACUCAUGGCUAUCAUGGAGCAUGCCUACUACGCCUCAUUUGGGUACCAAGUCACGAGCUUCUUCGCAGCAAGCAGCCGCUACGGCACGCCGUGCGAGCUGAAGCGGCUGAUAGACCGCGCGCACGAGAUGGGCCUAUACGUGCUGCUGGACGUGGUGCACUCGCACGCCUCCAAGAACACGCUGGACGGCCUCAACGAGUUCGACGGCACCAACGCGUGCUACUUCCACGACGGGCCGCGUGGCACCCACACGCUGUGGGACAGCCGCCUCUUCAACUACUCUGAAACCGAGGUGCUAAGAUUCUUGCUUUCGAACUUAAGAUGGUAUCAAGAAGAAUAUCAAUUUGAUGGAUUUAGAUUUGACGGCGUCACGUCAAUGCUGUACCACAGUCGCGGUAUCGGCGAGGGCUUCUCCGGACACUACGACGAAUACUUCGGCCUUAACGUGGACACUGAGGCUUUAGUAUAUCUCAUGCUGGCCAACCAGCUAAUUCACAGGGCCGACAGCAGAGCCAUAACAAUCGCAGAGGAUGUAUCCGGCAUGCCGGCUUCGGGCCGUCCGGUGAGCGAGGGUGGAACUGGAUUCGACUACCGCCUGGGCAUGGCCAUCCCCGACAUGUGGAUCAAGCUGCUGAAGGAGGAACGUGACGAGGACUGGAAGAUGGGCUACAUCGUGCACACGCUCACCAACAGACGCUGGAUGGAGGGAACCGUUGCGUAUGCAGAGAGCCACGACCAGGCCCUCGUCGGGGACAAGACGAUCGCGUUCUGGCUGAUGGACGCGGCGAUGUACAGCCACAUGAGCACCCUGAGCGAGCCGAGCGCCGUCGUGGAGCGGGGCCUCGCCCUCCACUGCAUCAUCAGGCUCAUCACGCACUCGCUCGGCGGGGAGGCCUACCUGAACUUCAUCGGCAACGAAUUCGGGCACCCCGAAUGGUUGGACUUCCCGCGCCAGGGUAAUAACUCGUCUUACCACUACGCGCGUCGCCAGUGGCACCUCGUGGAUGACCAAUUAUUGAAAUACAAGUUCCUGAACGAGUUCGACCGCGACAUGAACCAAUUGGAGGACAAAUAUGGCUGGCUGCGAUCUCCUCCAGGCUUUGUAUCAUGCAAACAUGAAGGAGACAAGGUAAUAGCAUUUGAAAGAGCCGGUCUGCUAUUCGUCUUCAACUUCCAUCCAUCCCAGAGCUUCACAGACUAUAGGAUUGGUGUCAACGAGUCCGGGAAAUACCAGGCUGUUUUAUGCUCAGACAGUAAGAAGUAUGGUGGAUUUGGGCGCGUAGAACCGGAGGGAGAGUUCCAUUUUACACAGAACAUGCCUUGGGGUGACCGCAAGGACUCAAUACAGGUAUACAUCCCUUGUCGUACAGCAAUUGUGUAUGCUCAUACUGAU